AUGAAAUCCACAUGCACAUACUACACGAAAACACUGAGACACAGACGAAAUGAAGACACUCACUUAAACACAGACGCAUGUUCGUAUUUUUAUGAACAUACCACAGACACACACAGAGACACACACAGAGACACACACACACACCACCACACACACACACACACACACACACACACACACACACAGAUGCAGAAGCAACAAUAUAAACAGCUCAGAAUUAAAUGGGAUACAGGCUGGAUGAUGAAUUGGUAG